AUGUCAAGACAAUACCUUGCUUGGGGUUCGGCAGACCAUGCGCAUCCCGUUGACAUAUUCUCCCUUGCGGUGACUAGCAAGCAGAUUUUGUCUGCAUCAGGAGCUUCAUCUCUUAAGGUUCACUCGACUGUCGAUCCUGACUUCCCGCUUGUCCAGUCGAUUGAUGGGGCCCACGAGUUGGGCUGCCAUCAUGUGGUGACUGACGCGGAAGGCACGCGGGCUGUGAGUGCUGGCUUUGCAGGAGAAAUUAAAGUUUGGGCCUGCCAUGAUGGCCACUGGCAGGAAGACCCGGUGUCAGCUCACCUGCCGCGCCUCAAUGUCUGGGCAGUGGCGCUAUCUGCAGACGGUCAAUAUCUAGCUGGUGUCUCUCACUCUGGGCGCAUAGGAGUAUGGGAUCUUGGCGCAGAAGGUACACAAAUUCGAGACCAUGAAACCAAAGGAAGCUUUGGCUAUUGCAUUGACUUGUCCUCCGAUGGCCGCUUCAUUGCGAGUGGACAUGAGAAUGGAGCCGUCUACAUCUUUACGACCGAGGAAGGGCGCAUGCCAUUCUCGCUGGCUGGGUUGGUAAAGCCAGUCCGAACAGUGGCAUUCUCUCCACUAGGAUCAAUUCUGGCGGCUGCAGGGAAUUCGAAGGUGAUUGUGCUUUAUGAUACUAAAUCUGGCGAGCAGAUCGGCAACCUCUCAGGCCACUCAGGCUGGGUUACGUCUCUAUCCUGGAGCAGCACUGGAGAGUAUUUGCUCAGCGGGUCCGUUGAUGGCAAGGUCAAAGUCUGGUCGAUGGAGACCAAGAUGUGCGUUGCCACCCACUCAGAAACCGAAAAAGCAGUGUGGAGUGCCAAAUGGCUACCAAAGAGCAACCGAUCGGAGUGCUUUGCUACAGCUGGGGCCAAUCGGAGUGUGGCAUUCUAUCGCGAAGCCAGCGGAGGUUAG